AAUCAUUAAGAUGUCAUGUUUGUAGAAAAAAGAGAGCAACACUGUCUGAGGUCAAAUUUUAGGAGAAGUUAACGUGGUUUUAUAUUUAAUUUCCCAAUUAUAAAAAGCUGCAAUUGCAUUUCUGCAAUUGAGUCUGGUUCCUUCGCUUCUCACAACUCACCAAAGAUUCAUUGAAGGAUGGGUCAAGCUUUAGGUUGUGUUCAAGUAGACCAGUCGAAUGUGGCCAUCAAGGAGCAAUUUGGAAAAUACAGUGACGUGCUGCAGCCUGGAUGUCACUGCUUGCCUUGGUGUUUUGGUUUCCAGAUAGCUGGUAAGCUAUCACUAAGAGUGCAGCAACUUGAUGUUCGAUGUGAAACAAAAACAAAGAUUUUUUUACUGUCAUUGGCUUCUCAGGAUAAUGUCUUCGUAAAUGUGGUUGCAUCUGUGCAAUAUCGUGCCUUGGCUGAGAAAGCAUCGGAUGCUUUCUAUAGGCUUACCAACACCAGGGAACAGAUCCAAUCAUAUGUUUUUGAUGUUAUAAGAGCAAGUGUACCAAAGUUGGAGUUGGACUCUGUCUUUGAGCAGAAAAAUGAAAUAGCAAGGGCUGUAGAAGAUGAGCUUGAAAAGGCCAUGUCUACUUAUGGAUAUGAGAUUGUUCAGACUCUUAUUGUUGAUAUAGAGCCUGAUGUUAAUGUCAAGCGAGCAAUGAAUGAGAUCAACGCAGCUGCUAGGCUGAGAUUGGCAGCGAAUGAAAAGGCUGAAGCGGAGAAAAUACUGCAGAUUAAGAAAGCUGAGGGAGAAGCUGAAUCCAAAUAUCUGUCAGGACUUGGAAUUGCUCGUCAGCGUCAAGCCAUUGUGGAUGGGCUAAGGGACAGCGUGCUAGCUUUCUCAGAAAAUGUGCCUGGUACUACAGCUAAAGAUGUCAUGGAUAUGGUGCUUGUGACUCAAUACUUCGACACUAUGAAGGAGAUUGGGGCAUCCUCAAAGUCCUCAUCUGUGUUCAUACCACAUGGCCCUGGUGCAGUGAAGGAUAUUGCUGUGCAGAUUCGGGACGGUCUCCUUCAGGCCCAUGCUUCCCAGAAUUGAGCUUUUCUGUAAUUGUGGAUGGUCAGAUAUUUUGCGUGCCUGGUUUAUUUGUGGAUUACUUGUGAAUUGAUGCUUUAUAUGUAAUUAAUAGUUUAAGGAAAUGCUUCUUUUUCCUAAAGUAAUUAUUUAUUAGUAUUUAUGUUUAAGAGAUCUACAGAAGGUUGUCCAUUACAUGUACACAUCUACUCUUGAGUGCUAAUAUGUACCCUUUUUUUGUAUAUUGAGUGAUAAGUGCUAAUUUGUGCCUUUUAUGUGCUUAA